AUGGCCAACCUCCCAGGCCACGGGCUCCCUGGACCACCACCGCCGAACAGUCUACCAGCAUUCCUAGUGCCCGACUCGAGUUCCAAACUGCCUAUCGACUUCCUCACUAACUCGCCCGUUGACUCCGCAACAAGUGACGACGAUGGCGCCACAGAUCCAACCAGACAUCGCGAUUUUGCCGAUACCGACGAGUCCGCCAAUGAGCAUUUCCUAGCUGAAGAGCAGGAGGACCUCAACAGAUUCCUCGAAUUAUGCUCCAAAGAGAUGCAGAAGUGGCCAGGCAAGUUCCAGAUCGCAGAAGACAUCCUUAAGGCAGAGACCGCAAUCACCAACAAGCCAGAGGAGACUAUUGCAUCCGAGGAGGAGCGGUUCCUCAAACACAUGCGUACAGCCUGUCAUCGACACGGCGUCAGCUUUCCAAAGGACAUGAUGGUGGAGGUCUAUCAAAAGGCUCGAGUCGUCGCCAGAAACCCCAAGAUCGCGGGUGCCACAUUGGCAGAGAUGAAGGCGCUUUGCGCAUUCCUCGAUCCCAUCUCCUCAUUCUACUACGCCGAGACUCGGGGAAAGAUGUUCGGCAGUGACCUGUGGUCCAGCGAUCCAGACCAGAACAGGAAGCGAUAUGCACCCUGGACUUUUGCUUGGUCUCCAGUCAUCGAGAGACUUGGUGACCAAAACAGAAUCAUUGGAGGAACACGCAUUCCAAGUACCAUUCAUGAUCUCAUUGGCAAGGUGUAUUUGUGGCUGAUCCUUUCUUGCGACCGCUUCUCCGGCAGGCUUCGAGUGAUCCGAGUUAUAUCCAAGCAUGGGGUAGGAGGAGUAGAGGCGUUACGCAAGGGAGAGCAGCACCGAAGCUAUGCUCGACUCAACAUCCUUGGCUCAGCCACCGAGUCUGAUCCCCCUCUCACAUAUGGUCCUUUCAAGGUGCGGCCAAUCGCAGCGAAGUACCCCCGGAUGGACAAGGAUUCGAUGCUGGACCUUAUGGUAGACAACAGGAGCCUGAGCGACUUGUGGUGCUGCACUGGGCUCAAAGUACCCUAA